AAAACAUAAAAAAUCAGCCAUGUAAAUAAAUUAAAAAUAGCACCCAUAAAAUGAUAUUAAAACUUUACUGUUUCGGCGACAAACAAACGGUACCUAGAUAAUAUAAAAACGGUUAACAAGCUAGUCGAAUUGUAUUUUGCUUAUAAGUUCUAUCAUUUAAUAAAUGCAUUUCAGUAAUACUAACCAACUUCUAAUACUAUAAAAAUGAAAUUUGUAUGUAUUUUAAUAUUAUUUACCUUGGUAAAUAACUUAAUAGCAGAAUUAGAUGAAUAUGAUAAGCAAGUUAUCAUAAACAACCAACUCAUCGAGCUUGCAGGAGUGCAAAUGCUGGGUAUCAUUCGAAACAUUGUUCGCGGACCUUCUUCGAUGAAGAAAAUGGCUUUUAUGCUGGCAGCACCGGAAAGUGAAAACGAAAAUAUUGAAGGUAAUGAGAAGUUAUGGUACCAGAGUUGUUUGCAAACAGAAAUAAUAGAAGCCACUGGUAUCAAUGUACCUGAGAUAAACGAAGGAGAUUAUGAAAACUUUGAUCUGGCAGAUUUUGGACGUAAAAGAAGAAAUAUGACUAGUCCAGCUGUAAAGGCUUUAAUCCGUAGUCUAAUACGCGGAGACACCAAUUUCAAUGUGGAUUUCUCAAAUUAUAGUAUGUGUCGUUUAUUAGGAUUGUUCAAUAGUAUACAACACCCAGAAGUUUAUGUAGACAAUGCUAUUCUCGAUAUUAAUAGAGUUUGUUUCCUAUUACAUCCGGACAUGAAUAUUAUUAGAUACAAAACUAUUAACGGCAUUAUUUGGCAAGUUCACGCUGACUUAACUCCAUUUCAGCAACUUUCUGUGCAGAUACAAUUUUAAGGACAACCUAUUCUAUAGUAUAACUAUUAUCGUUGCUGUAUAUAAAUUGUUUUUACAUACCUUCUUCUA